GGAAAUUUAACAUAAAUACCGUCAAUAUAAACUGUCAAUUUUGUGUACACCGGGAAACUCUCAUAUCACUUGCAUCUUACCAAUUCUCUAUCAUCAAUACUUUCGAUCUUUGAUUGCUCAACAAACUUCUACAAUCAUGCCUUCCACAGUCAUUCCUGCUUCUACAUUUAAGAACAGUCUCAGCAUCACCCACAUUGGGACUGCCACUGCUGUUAUCAAUAUUGAUGGCAUUACCUUUCUCACCGAUCCAUUCUUCUCCCCUGCUGGAUCUGAAUGGGAUUCUGUACCUGGAGCACCAAAACUCAAAGUCCAUCAUGAUCCUGCUCUAAAGAUGGAUCAGCUUCCCCCAAUCGACGCCGUUCUACUGAGUCACGAAAACCACCCUGACAACCUUGACGAACUCGGACGUCGACUAUUAGAUGGUCGUCACGUUUUUACGACAAAAGAUGGAGCCAGGAACCUCUCUCCUCGUCCUGGUGUUCUUGGGUUCGAUGAUUGGGAGGAGAAGGAUGUAGUCAUUGCUGGAACCACUUUCCACAUUACAGCUACGCCUUGCAAGCACUGGCCUGGCCAUGAGUGCGUCGGAUUCGUCGUGCAUACCGAAAGCUUUGGAAUUUCUGUUGACGGUAAACCUAACGCAAUUUAUUUCUCCGGAGAUACAGUCUACAUCGAAGAACUUGCCAAGAUAGCUGAUAAAUAUCACAUCGCUGUCGCUAUUUUGAACUGUGGUGAAGCAACCUUCGAAAACUUCGAUGCGAAGGGUCAACCAAGUCAAACAGGUAGCUCUAUCCAGAUCACCAUGGGUGGCCAACAAGCAGCUCACCUCUUUCGGGAUAUUAAAGCAGAUGUUUUGGUACCUAUGCACUAUGACGCGUGGGACCAUUUCAAGCAAAAAGAGGAAGGGCUUUCAGCAGAGUUCAGAGAGGAGGGCAUCAUGUCGCGAGUAUGUUGGCUUCAGCCCGGAAAGGCAGUGUUAAUAGAUCCUUCCACGUGAAUAAAGGAAGAAUUGUAUAGAUAGAGAUACUAGAGCUAGAUAGCGUAUAGACAACCAGAUAUAAAGAGUUCAGCCAUGGAAAAUCCGUCUACA